AUGGAACCACCGUCUUUGGUAAUAACUCUUUUCCGCCUUGAGCUUUUCCGGUGCCUGGUAUCAUCCUCGGCCUGUAAUGGCGCCGAUCGCUUCGCUGGGACACGGACUCAGUACCUCGCUCAAGACGUCUGUCGUCAUUUGGCCACAAUGUGCCGACAGUUUAAUGACUACGGGUCUCGAGAAGAGAACAACCUCAAUAGUAUCAAUUUUCCGGAGUUCCAACAAGGUGAAGACGAGACGGAUGAUACGGGCAGCCAAAGGGGCGACAAUGCGAAGCGGUCGCUGUUCGAUAUUGCCAACUAUGAACGCGAGUGCCUAAAGCUUGCUGUGAGACGGCUGCAACCUCAGAUCAAAGAGCCUGUUCGGAAGGCUUGGAGGGUUUCCUUGACGUGA